GGAAGCGGAGGUAGGAUGUGUUCGCUCCGUUAUUUUGACGCUGAGCCGCUCUGAUACUAUGAAUUUCUACAAAAGACCUGGCUGUUUUCAAGUUCCUGAACAGAUGUUUUAAAGCGAACGUGUAGUCGGGAGCAGCUGUGCCCCUCAGCUGUAAUGAGUAGGAUUGAAAUAGAUCGAAACGGGAGGCGGACGUAAAGUGGAUCCCGUAAAUAAAACAUCAAAGCAUCUCCUCCCUUCAUGGAAGCCUUGCUACGUUACCGUGGAGUAAGCGAGAGAGAUGGGAAAGUGAUUUAAAACUGGACCUCUAACAAAGAAAAUAUCUUUAAGACGUGGGCGUUUCUGCUUUAAGCUCUCGUUCGGACUACCGGGAAGCUGCGGGGCUGUGCCCCGUUUCAGGAGCCGCACAUCCCGCCUGCAACCAUAGGAUGGUGCCGAUGAUGUGUGGGCCUGUGGAGAUCCGCCAUUUAUGACUGGAGAUUGAUCGACUUAUUAGUGGCAUUUUUUUUCGGCGCACCAGGGUGUUGUAAGCACCUUCUGAUUCCUCCUGUAAAAGGUUUUACCUUCCUUUCUGUGUGGAUAACUCUGUCUUCAGUCUCCUCUACCUGGACAGAAGAGUUGGAUAAUUCUGAAUUUGUCUGCUUCUCCUUCCUUAAUUCCCCAUCUCAGCUACCUCUGAACUUCUCUUCUCCAGCCAUUAUGCAGUCAUGGAGGAAUCGCUUGCUUGCUGAGGUUAGGAAGGCCACAGUUUGGCUCUUUACUGCCAGACUAUAACAAAUACUGACAUGAAGCUUAGUAUAGAAAAUAAUCCUAUAGUUUUAAUUCCAUAUGACCAUCUGAACAAAUUGAACGUGAGUACUCUUCCCUUUCCCAAAGGAAUACCAGCAGCACCAAAGACUUCCUUGCUUAGGUAAUCCUAAUCUGUAUGGUUAUGCUGGAUUUUCCCUACUAUUAAAUUUUCUUCAGUUUCAGUUAGAUACAGACAACUCCUAGUGCCUUCUUUUUUUCUGUUGAACCCACUCCAUUAACCUCCACCAUUCGGCCAUCCCUCACAACCGCAGUCCUCCUCCCUCGCCCCCGUCACCACUCAUCCUCUAACUCCUCUUCCCCAUCCUCCCCUCUCCACCAUCACCACUUCCCUCAGUCCCACUUCCACGAACAGCUAUCUUCGCCUCCUGCUUUCUCUUCUGCCCCAGCUGUGGGCAUGGCAGCGGCUGCCACUGCAUCCGCCUCUUCUGCAUCGCCUCCAUUACAGACAGCCUCGGCAUCCAACAACAAUGCCCACGACCACCUGCCGGUGGUGCGCCGGCGUGUGCCGCACAGUCGGCCGUACACAGUGGGACUGGACAACCUCAGCAGUUUGUCGGUACAGGUAACAGCGGGAUCCUCAGAUUCAUCGUCCUCUGCUGUGCCAUCCGGGAGCCAGCUGGAAUCAGCGGGGCUGGGACUGCAGAGGGCCAAUAGUGACACAGAUCUUGUGACCUCUGAAAGCCGCUCAUCACUUACAGCGUCCACAUACCAACUGACUCUCGGUCAAGGCCACCUGGUGAUCUCAUGGGACAUAAAGGAGGAAGUGGAUGCCACUGAUUGGAUCGGCCUUUAUCACAUUGAUGAGACAUGUGUGGCCAACGUCUGGGAGUCCAAGAACCGUGGAGUAAAUGGUACUCAAAAAGGACAGGUUUUAUGGAGACUGGAACCUGAGCCCUAUUUCAUGGAGGCUGAGACAAAGAUCUGUUUCAAAUAUUAUCAUGGAAUAAGUGGAGCAUUAAGAGCAACAACUCCUUGCAUCACUGUGAAGAACCCAGGAGUCCCAGUGAGAAGUGAAGGCCAAGUGGAGGAGCAGUCAGGAAGUGAACAUUGUCGAAAACUUGUCAGCUUCACCCUGUCAGAUAUCCAGGCAGUGGGGUUGAAGAAGGGGAUGUUUUUUAAUCCUGACCCAUACUUGAAAAUGUCCAUCCUGCCCGGGAAGAGGAGCGGCCUCCCCAAAUUCACUCACCAUGGCCAGGAGAGGCGCUCCACCAUUAUAGCCAACACCAUCAACCCUGUGUGGCACGGGGAGAAGUACACCUUUGUGGCUCUGAUGACUGAUGUGUUGGAGAUUGAAGUGAAGGAUAAGUUUGCCAAGAGCCGACCAAUCAUCAAACGCUUUCUGGGUCAUCUGAUCAUCCCUGUGCAGAGACUUCUUGAGGGGCCAGCAGUUGAGGGUCACCAGAUCAGCUAUAGCUUGUGUCGCCGCCUCCCGACAGACAAUGUGACCGGCCAGCUUCAGUUCAGAGUGAACAUCACUUCCACCGGACAAGAAGAAGCCUCCCCAGACGCUGGUGAAGGAAGCCUCCUGGGCAGCGGAGACCCUGGCAGCCCAUCUGAUGAUGAAGAUCUUCCUCAAGCCUCCUCAUCAUCUCGUGUCACAAAUGGACCUUCUCCCAUGGGUUCCGACAAUACCCCCUUGUUGGUGAAUGGCCUUUGUUGCUACGGAGAGAACAUCCUGUGGCAUGAGCCACAGGGAGAGAAUGAUCUGCCCUCUGCGGCUCAGGGGCAUCAUACCCAUCGACAGGUGUCCCUCAAUGACUACCUUGACGCUCUUGAGGCCCCCACUGGCCACGGUGACCGACUUUUGGUGCCGCCUUUGCCAAAACUGCGCUCCAGCUUUCCAACUGACACACGACUCAACGCCAUGCUGCACAUUGAUUCAGAUGAGGAUGAGGAUACAGCGGGGCAGCGCAGAGACCUAUCACAGAACACAAGUGCAGAACAGAGCACAGACUCUGUAAGCAGAUCACCUGCACAGAACGAAGAUUUAAAGGAAAAUAUUGGAGCUGGACCAGAGAAAGGUCCUUCUGCUGUGGGUCAGCUUCCAACUGAGCCUCCAAAUGCUGGAAAUGAAGUAGCAGCAAAUGAAGGCGAAAACGAAGCUUGUGCUCUAACCAGAGCAUUGGUAGAUGGGGCUGAAGGGUCUGCUGGAGCAGCACAGUUGACUGAAGAAACAGCUGUCUUCUCAUCCCAAAAGCCUGGAGCUGAGGCUGCUGCAGCCGAUCCACAGGGAGAUUCUGGACCACAAUGUUCCUGUCAGGAGCAGAGUAGCAGGAUGGGAACCUGUAGCCCUUCCCUGGGUCCUCUUUCACCCAUUCAAGAGGUUGAAGCAAGGAAAGAACUUGCUCCAAAAGCAGAAGAGGAAGGGGCAGAGUCAUCAAGCAGUGAGGUGAACGGGCCAGUUGGAGCAUCUGCUCCGAACAGCAGCAGAGAUGUCAGCAGAGGAGAGAGUUCUGAAGCUGGUGCCACAGCUCAGGUCAACAGUCAUCAGUCUGUUCGGUCCCUUCCCUCUAUCCGCCAUGACAUCAGCCGCUAUCAGAGAGUAGAUGAGCCUCUGCCUCCUAAUUGGGAGGCUCGCAUUGACAGUCAUGGUCGCAUAUUUUAUGUGGAUCAUGUGAACAGAACAACAACAUGGCAGCGGCCUACUGCUCCCCCAGCCCCACAGACUCUACAGAGGUCCAGCUCCAUACAGCAGAUGGAACAGCUCAACCGCAGGUAUCAGAGUAUCCGAAGGACGAUAACAAAUGACAACAGACAGGAGGAGCAGCCAGCCAGUGAGCUGCUUGGGGAUGAGACUGAUAUGCAUCCAUCUGUUCCAGAGUUCCGGAGGGAAAACGGUGUGGCUCAGGCCAGUUCCAGGUCUCGCAUCUCCUUGCUGCUGCAAUCCCCCACCGCCAAGUUCCUCACCAGUCCUGACUUCUUCACUGUGUUGCAUUCCAACCCUAGUGCCUAUCGCAUGUUUACCACCAACACAUGUCUGAAGCAUAUGAUCAGUAAGGUUCGUAGAGAUGCACACCACUUUGAGCGCUACCAGCACAACCGUGACCUGGUGGCUUUUCUCAACAUGUUUGCGAAUAAACAUCUGGAGCUGCCCAGAGGCUGGGAGAUGAAGCAUGACCACAGUGGCAAGCCUUUCUUUGUGGAUCAUAACUGCCGUGCUACCACCUUCAUUGACCCUCGGCUGCCUGUUCAGAGCUCUCGUCCAAGCCUUCUAUCUCACCGCCAACAUCUGACCCGACAACGUAGUCACAGUGCUGGGGAGGUCAGUCCAAGGCAACUGGUGGGUGAGGAAACACAUCACCCUGGUCCUCCAGUCUUGCCACGACCUUCAAGUACCUUCACCUCAGCUAGCAGGGGGCAGUGCCAAGAGGUUGUCCCUGUUGCUUACAAUGACAAGAUCGUGGCUUUUCUUCGACAACCAAACAUCUUUGAGAUUUUGCAGGAGAGACAGCCGGACUUCAGCCGAAACCAUGUACUCAGGGAGAAGGUCCAGCUGAUCCGCACAGAUGGUGUGUCAGGACUGACCCGACUGUCAGGAGAUGCAGACCUUGUCAUGCUGCUGAGUCUGUUUGAAGAUGAAGUGAUGUCCUACAUCCCUCCUCAUAACUUACUUCUCCCCAGCUACUGCCAGUCACCUCGGGGAUCCCCUGUUUCCUCCCCGCAGAACUCACCAGGAACUCAGCGAGCCAAUGCCAGAGCCCCAGCUCCUUACAAGAGGGACUUUGAGGCAAAACUCCGCAACUUCUACAGAAAACUGGAAACUAAAGGCUAUGGUCAAGGCCCUGGAAAGCUAAAAGUGACUAUCCGUCGGGACCAUCUCUUGGAAGAUGCUUUCAACCAAAUCAUGUGCUACUCCCGGAAGGACCUGCAGCGCAGCAAGUUCUACGUCAGUUUUGUUGGGGAGGAGGGCUUGGACUACAGUGGGCCUUCUAGGGAGUUCUUCUUCCUGGUUUCCAGGGAAUUGUUCAACCCAUAUUAUGGUCUGUUUGAAUAUUCAGCCAAUGACACCUACACCGUUCAGAUCAGUCCCAUGUCGGCCUUUGUAGACAAUCACCAUGAAUGGUUCCGUUUCAGUGGCCGCAUUCUGGGUCUGGCUCUGAUCCAUCAGUAUCUACUGGAUGCCUUCUUCACCAGACCCUUCUAUAAAGGCCUUCUGCGCAUUCCCUGCGAUCUGAGUGACCUGGAAUAUCUGGAUGAGGAGUUCCACCAGUCUCUCCAGUGGAUGAAGGACAAUGAUAUAGAAGACAUGCUUGACCUCACCUUUACUGUCAAUGAGGAAGUGUUUGGACAGAUCACAGAACGCGAGCUGAAACCUGGUGGAGGGAACAUCCCUGUCUCAGAGAAGAACAAGAAAGAGUACAUUGAGCGGAUGGUGAAGUGGAGGAUAGAGCGAGGAGUCGUCCAGCAGACUGAAAGCCUGGUCAGAGGUUUUUAUGAGGUGGUGGAUGCGAGGUUGGUGUCUGUGUUUGAUGCCAGGGAGCUAGAGCUGGUCAUUGCUGGCACUGCUGAGAUUGACUUAUCAGACUGGAGGAGCAAUACUGAAUACAGAGGAGGUUACCAUGACAACCAUAUUGUGAUCCGGUGGUUCUGGGCUGCAGUGGAGAGGUUCAACAAUGAGCAGAGAUUACGACUCUUGCAGUUUGUGACAGGAACGUCAAGCAUUCCAUACGAGGGCUUCGCGUCACUGCGUGGCAGCAAUGGACCUCGCAGGUUCUGUGUGGAGAAGUGGGGAAAGAUCACCUCACUGCCCAGAGCUCACACAUGUUUCAAUCGAUUGGACCUGCCACCAUACCAGUCCUUCUCCAUGUUGUAUGAGAAGCUGCUGACUGCUGUGGAAGAGACCAGCACCUUUGGGCUAGAAUGAGACGCUGUCUUUGUCGACUGGCCCAGUUUUCUACAGCACUUUUGAACCUGCUGUUGGUAAAGAGAGGAGGCCGUAUUAGAAGAAAAGACAUUGCCCUUUCAUCAGCCUUCAGUGUACUCAAAACAGUUUUUUACUCAAAGGGUGACUUAAAAGCCUUAAUUGGCAAAAACCUAAUGACCCAGUUUUAAAGCAUUUUAAAAAGCACCGUCUGCCAAUGUUCAGUGAUUGGUUGGUAGGUAACAUCCAGUCCAAGACCUCAGUCAAAAAAGAGAAAGACCGAUUAGAAUAGACUGUGUCACUACUCAGCCUGAAAAUCACUUUGCCUCAGAUAUUUUAAAUCAAGACUGACCUUUUGAAAUGACUCCACUGAAAAGGUAAAUGCUUUACGAUGCACUCCUCUAUUUUGCACGCUUUCACUUGUAACACUAGACAAAUGAAGCCCUACACUGCCUUCAGGACUGACAUCAGCGCUGCCCAGCACUGACCAUUCAGACACCUGUUUUUACACAUUACAUAAGGGAAGUAAGUUUUUUGUUUCAAAAGCUAAGCUAAUGGAGUUAGUUUUUUUUUAGUUUGAAUGAAUUGUUGAAAUACAAGAAUGUCCAGCAAAAGCAGAUCCAAGUACAGCAAUUAUUUGGAGCUUCCCAAUUUAGAAACUGCAUGUGUCGAUUUUGAAAGCAUUUAGAGUUGUUAAUGCUGUAUCUCAAACGUUUGUGGGAAUUUCUACUUGAACCUAGAAGCUAACAGUCGAUUUUGGAUUAAAUUUCAGUAUUUUCCAUGACAAUAUGGGAUUUUCUUUCCCGGAGGGAUCUGAAUGUAACCAGCCUUAGCCUUCAAAAUAAUUCAUCACUAUAUAAUUGUGUUAAUUGGUUGAAGUGAACAUUAGUUUUUAAAUUGAAUGGGAAGGAGGUUUUAGAUCAUGACAUGACAAAAAUUCAAAUUCCAUCUGUCUUCAUACAUCCUUCAUUGUGCAAUACACACUAUAAUUAACUGUAAGUAACUGGAUCCUCAUCAGAGUCAAUGCUGGGAUUGCCUUUCUUCCAAAGGCAAUCCCUUUUCUUUAACAGGAAAAUAAGCUACAGUUAGAGACAGACAUCAAAAGCAUUGAUUAACUGAUGCACAAAGUAUCAGUUUAUCACCAUCUGGUACACGGUUGUCUAUAUUUUCAACCAUGUAAUUUGCUCAGAGCUACAGACAAUAGCUGCUCAUAAAUGUGGAAUAAUUUUUUUUUUGAAAGUUUGAUUUGCACUGUGAUCAACAGUAGUAUUUUAUUUUGUAGUUUUAGAAAAUGUUAUUGUUUUAUUUCAUUCUGUCACAGCCAUGUUGUGAGAAGAAGCAAAACGUAUUUAAUUCCUAUAUGAGCAAAAGUGCAUUUGAAGGUCAUCAUUCAAUUUGUGGAGAAAAUCAUCCACAAACAGAAACCUUUAAAGUGGAUAUAUCAUUUUAAACUCUUCUUUUUCACAUCUAAAUCAUUCUCUUCUAAAGUAGAAUUGCAGGCUUUGGUCUGAAUUCCUCACUAUUGUAGCUCCACAGACCCUGUUCUGAAGCAGGUUUUAGAGCAACUGUUUUGCUGGGUUUUACAAUGUGAAUGAGACAUUUCAUGCCCUUCCCCUUCCAGGGCAUCCUGUGUUCCACUCCACCCCAUUCUGCCCUUUUUGUAGUUUGAUACCAGUCAUCCACCAACAGAGAAACUUUUUAUUCCCAAGUUACGAAUACAUUGCAAUGGUUUUAUUCUCUAUUUCCACCCUCUCCAUCCAUUCCGACUACCUACAAUAUGGAGGGUCAUUUAACCAUAGAGUCCAUGCAUGUCAUUAUACCUAUUAAAAUUUUAAUGUCAUCACAAUAUGGAUGAAGUAAACAAAUGUUUGACAUAAUUAAUGGGUUAGCUAACAGGAUCAUGUGUUCCCCAAGACAAAAAACGGCCAAAACAGAGCCAAAUCCCAAACAUGCAGUACAGUUAUAUCCUGAAGAAGACAGCUAGAUGCUAACACACAGUGCUAACAGAGCCAGAAGGCACAAUGACUAAUCGAGACAUCAUUAUCAACACACAAAAGUCAUGUCUAAAAUAAGCGUUGUUGUCAUUGUAACAUUAUUUGGAGCUUACCGCUUUGCUGUGUCCCUCGUUUCCAUAGAGAGAAGGAACUGACCCUCAAUCAGACAAAGUCUUUCAGAAAGUCCCUCUGCAUAUUGGUGGUGGUUGCUGAAGCACUUGUCCCUCAGUGGGGAAAGUUCGCUUGCGCAGAGCAAACGAACUUUGCUCCUCACACUAAUAACCCUUACCCUUUCCUCUUUCGGAGAAAAAUACAAUUUAAUUAGACACGUUGACGAGGCUCAAAUGCCAGAGGACAAUCAUGUUUAUGAAUACACUCUAGAACUGAACAUUUUCACUUGUCUACUUGCAACUUCAGCAAACUGAUAAGUCAGAAGUCAUGACCUUGUCACCACAUUUGCAGUUUCAUAGCAAAUGCAGUGACAUCAUAGCACUUCACCGUGGAGUUCUAUGGGACACAGCCUGAGGAUCCAACAGUCAUUGAAUUCACCAUGGUCUCAUCAAAAGUUUAUGAGGGCCAGUUACACUAAAAUAGCUUCUAUUGCAGCUUAAGAUGGUUCUUCAUCAUUUUAGCUUUGUUUUUCCUUCUCAUAAAGUUUCUGUCUUUUCCCUUUGUUGUUGAAAAUGUAUAAAACAAUUACUUUGUGACACUUUGUUCAUGUGAAGAUGUAUUUAUGCAUUUUUCUGACAUUCAAAGCCAUUAAAACUCAAUUAAGUUUAUUGUUUGUCCAACAGUGACAAACCUAAAAGCAUGGUUUGGUGCGGCACCAAGAAGUUGUGAUAAAACGGAAUGGUGUUUGGGGAACCCCAGGUGAAAUCCAUGUUGUUUAAAUGCAAGUAAAAUGGAAUUUAUUUUUCCAAUCUUUUCUCCACACAUUGACCCUACCCAGUGUUAAUACAUUGACCGACAAUGUAAUUGAUUUGUACCAUGUUAAAUGUAGAAUGUGUCGCUUGAUUCCAAGAGGCCUAAUGUUACUGUCACAAACUGGAGAUGGGGGAGUUGAAGUUUGGGGUGCAAAAGUGUUGCUUUCUUCAGCAGGUUCAAUGUUGCUGGAGUAGAGUUGAUGAGAUGAUGAAUGAAGCUAAACCUAUUUGAGGUUAAAGAAGACAUGAACCUGAGUCGGAGGACUGUAGUUCGAGACUCCUGGUUAGAAUUGUUUUCUCAAAGUGCAUCCAAAUAUCAAAUGGGGAAAAACUUCAUGAGCAAAGCUGCAAGGAGCUUAUUAUGAAAAACAUUCAGCUGUAGUUGCUACAAAAGAUUAUUCUACUAAACACUGACAUGUGGGAGCUGGAAGCAAAAGUUUAAGGGGUAUGAUAGAUUUAAUAGGGUCUGAGUAAAAAGGGCAUUCAAAUGCCUUCUUGCUCUUUACCAGUUUUGCACUCUCAUUUCACUUUUAUUUGUUUUUCUAUUGGAGAAUGUAUCUAGACCUUGUGUUUGUAACCACUAAUUACUCUGUUCCGUUGUUCCUCAGACUGGUGUUCUAGUCAGAUCAUCUUUAUAAAUUCAAGAACAGUUUAUGUAAACAUAAUCCACCAAGAUUAGGUUUACAUGAUGUUUUCUUCAUUACAUUUUGCACAAAAAAAGAAAGCAUGCCUUUGUAUACUGCUGCAGAAUUCACUAGUACUACACAAGUCUGAAAUGCACAGCACAGUACUUCCUGGACCUUGAAGUAUCUAUUGCAUUGCUGAUGUUAUUUAGUAAGAGACAAAUUAGCAAAAUAUUUCCAAACUUACCUUUAUAUUUUCUGUUUUAAAACUAACUUGGGGCCUGAAUUUUUAACAGAUCCAAACUUGUGGGCACACACACCUGAGCUACAGGUACAAUUUAGAUUGUGUCAGCAAAAUUACUAUUUAGCAUGCGUGCCUUCAUGAGUAUGCAGAACAUAUUCAGAGCGUCAUAAUGUGCAAAGGAUUGGGCAGAGGUUUUGAAAAUCUGUUGAUUUACCACCCACAAAGUGAUUUAUUGAAACAAUAGCAGAUUGGGGAUUUGUUCUGGGAUCUAUAUUUAGCAUGUUUGAAAGGGAAGUGCAACUGACAUGUCUGCUGUCAGUGUGGCAAGAGACAGACUUGGGAAAUGAUUAUUCUUGAAGACUGUGCUCCCACAUUGGGCACUGACAUUGAGUCUAUGACUAAGCCUCCACUCUGAUAUUGUUGUGAGAACUGGCAUAAAUUGGUAAGAUCUUUCCAGGUUAAUGCAGAAAACAGAUCAUAAAACCUGGGGGACAUAAGUAAUCUUGUAUUUUUAUUUAUAUUCCAGAUGACUUGUCCUAUCCAUUCAACACCUCUUUUAUAUAAAAUACUUAAAUUUAUAUAUUUAGUGUGAAAUAUAGAUAAAUGUCAUCCAGAAAUGCCAAUUUGGAGCUGCAGGAUUACCUCAUCCUGCAUCAAUUCCACUAUGUGCAAACUGUUGAAUAGAAUUGAUUGAGUUGGCCUAGGUAAAUAAAUACACAUGUCUACAGCUUUAAUCAUGAUGGAUUUUGAAAUGUUUUCACUGUUGUCUUGUUACUUAUCUUAAUGAAGUUUUUAUUAUUAUUAUUAUUAUUAUUAUUAUUAUUAUUAUUAUUAAUAGGCCUGUGUUGUUGUUAUUCUUAUAACUCCAUGGUUUUUAACUUCAUAUUACUUUUAUGGCCACUCUUGUUCUACACUGUCCAUAAUGCCACUCUCCAUCAGGAUAUGCAGAAUCUUCAUUUAAAUAGGAUGGUCUACACCACCUUUGCGCCUACAAUCAAUUGUGCACACAAUCUUUGUAGAUCACCUGCAACAUAUGCAUAUGCAAUUUCCUUUGCAAAAGCAAGUUAAUGCUCUUUAUUUGGGAUCUUUUAUGUUCAGGCCCUAAGUGUAUUGUUUUUAUCCUUCUUUAUGCAGAUAGGUCUCCAUGCAACUACAGAUAGUAGGUGCUGCCUCUGUUCUAAUUGGUUGAGAAGCAAGAUUUCUGCCAAGCAGAUAAUAAAUAUUAACAUUUUUAAAUCAGUCAUUCUUCUAUUGUUGUCUUUGAUUACUCUUUGAAAGACCACAAACCAGUCACUGAAAACCAGUAGGGACAUUUAUUUAACUAUAAAUGCCAGUUUUCAUCAAUUAUCACAUUAAGAUAAAUGUCCCUUACUGAAUAUACAAUCUGUCUGAUUAACCAAAAUGUACCAAAGUUUGUAACUUAUGCUGGUUCUUUUCACUUUCUGUAUAGUGCAUCAUACUUUAUAUAAAAAUGUUGGUUAGUGUCUCAGUCUUACAAUAAAAUCAUCUCUGUAUGCAA